CAGACGACGCCGCCACCGUCUGGUGACAGUUACGAUGUUUCCUGCGUUUACCAGGAUCUGUGUGUGUUCAAUGCUUCUGUUUGUUUCUACAGCUGGAGCUGUAAAAGAAUUUCAGACAUUGGAUCACCUUAAACCAAAAGCCACACCAGAGACACAAGCUGCUGCUGCACAGGCUCUAAUUGGUCGCAUUGUCGGGAAGAGAGCAAGUGAAUUCAAAGCAGCCAUAUCAUCUACAUUAGGACCAAAAAAUAGAGACACUUUUCAGAUUACCACAUCUGGAUCCUAUGUCAACAUCACUGGGACUACAGGAGUGGCAGUUGCCAUGGGCCUGUAUUACUACUUAACCAAUUACUGUGGGUGUCAGUACACGUGGGCGGGACAACAGAUGAACAUUCCAUCCUCUCUGCCUAAGGUCCCAGCCCCGGGAAUAAAAGUGACUACAAAUGAUAGGUUCCGGUAUUAUCAGAAUGUGUGUACGGUGGAUUACUCAUUUGUAUGGUAUAACUGGACAGACUGGCAACAACAGUUAGACUGGAUGGCUUUACAUGGCAUCAACAUGCCUUUAGCCUUCACCGGACAGGAGGCUAUAUUUCAGCGGAUCUACAUGAGAAUGGGAUUCACAAUGUACGACAUACAGAGACAUUUUGGUGGUCCAGCCUUUCUUGCCUGGUCCAGAAUGGGUAACAUGCAUGGAUGGGGUGGACCACUACCUCAGUCAUGGAUUGACCAACAGUUGGUCCUACAACACAAGAUUCUUGACCGGGCGAGAGAGCUGGGAAUGAUUCCAGUAUUACCUGGCUUUGCUGGACAUGUCCCUGAGGCAAUAACAUGGCUAUUUCCUGAGUCCAAUGUUUCUAGAUUGCCAGACUGGGCAGGGUUCAACGGAACCUAUUGUUGCAACCUUCUGUUGGACUUUGAUGACCCACUUUUCAAACAGAUUGGUGUGCAGUUCCUUAAAGAGAUGAUUGAUGAGUUUGGGACUGACCACAUCUACAAUAUUGACACCUUCAAUGAGAUGGACCCUAAAUCAAAUGCCCCAGAAUACUUAGCUAAAGCUUCCCGCACCAUUUAUGAAGCUGUCACAGAGGCUGAUCCACAGGGAAUAUGGCUAAUGCAGGGAUGGCUGUUUCAAGCGGAAUAUUUCUGGAAACCUACCCAAAUAAAGGCUUACCUGACAGGUGUUCCAACUGGUAAAAUGAUUGUCUUGGAUCUGUACUCUGAAAUUGCUCCAAUUUUUUCGAACACGGAAUCUUAUUAUGGCCAGCCGUUUAUUUGGUGUAUGUUACACAAUUUCGGAGGAACGUCAGAGAUGUAUGGAGCAUUUCUAAAUAUCAAUAAUGGUCCAUUUGAUGGUCGAGCUUUUCCUAAUAGCACCUUGGUUGGUAUUGGAAUCACCCCAGAGGGCAUAUAUCAGAAUGAAGUAAUUUACGAAUUCUUUGCUGAAAACACAUGGAGAACUAAACCUAGAGAUGUAGCAAAAUGGGUGUCAGAUUAUGCAACCAGAAGAUAUGGAAAAUAUGACAAAUAUGUGGACCUUGCCUGGCACUAUCUCAAGAUGAGUAUUUACAACUGCUCUGAUGGUCACCAUGACAACAAUAUUGACAUUAUUCCAACGGUCAGACCACGGCUUACUCCCAUGAUACAUCAGGAUAUAUGGUAUGAGCCAGAGGAUCUUUAUGUAGCUUGGGACAUCCUGGUAGUGGCAGCUGAUCAGUACAUAAAUAAUACCUUGUAUAUGUAUGAUUUAGUGGAUGUGACACGAAACAGCCUCCAGAUUCUCUCCCUAAGUUACUACCAGGAUUUGGUGAAUGCCUUCAAGGGAAAAGACCUUCCUACUGUCACGACUUUAGGAGAUAAAUUGUUGGGACUCCUGAAGGAUAUGGAUACAGUCCUUGCCUCUGAUCGUCAUUUCCUAAUGGGGCGCUGGAUUGCAGCAGCCCAGGCCAAGUCUACAAAUAUAAAUGAACGCUUUUUAUAUGAGUACAAUGCACGUAACCAGGUGACACUCUGGGGACCACGAGGGGAGAUCCUUGAUUAUGCUUGUAAGCAGUGGGCAGGUUUGAUUGAAGGAUAUUACCGUCCUCGCUGGGAACUGUUUAUCGAUAACCUAAAGGGAUGCCUAAAUAACAAAACAGACUUCAAUCAAGGUGUAUAUGAUGAAGACGUGCUGAACCAGGUGGAGAUACCUUUCACCUUAGACCUUACUCCUAUGGCAACAGAACCCAAAGGUGACUCGCUAGCAAUCGUCAAAGACAUCCACAUGAGGUAUCGGCCUGACGCUAGCUUUUCAACUCUAAAGCGCCUUAAAAAGAAAUCCUCAAAAGUCGACAAACGUGAUUGGAUAGAGAGAAAAUAUGGCCAUCAAAUUGCACCACAGUACAAAGACUUUAAAAACGAUUUUGACUCCAAGUUAAAGAGAAAGAGUGUGUAUGGUUAAAUUCAUCAUUUAUCGUGGAUAUGUUAAUGAUAAAGAUAUUUGAAUUUUUCUCUUUAAAAAAAAGUUCAAAUAUUCAGAGGUGAAUGAUGACAUUUAUAAUAUUAUGAAAAGCAUUCUGUGUUACAAUCAAGUAUUUUAAAUCAUUGUUAAAUCUAUGUCUUGAAGCAGAUGAAAGAUGUUAAAUUUCAUUUUUAAAUGUCUAGUAGUUGGAAAUAACAUUAUGAAGAUCAAAUGGUAUUAUGUUAGAUUCCCAUGAUAUUGAUUGAUUGGAGUAUGAGAUUCUCAAAGACCAUUUAUUUUUUUCAUGGAAAGAUUACAUAGAAAAUAUUUAUAAAAUGCUACAUAUCAACAGAAAAUGUUCGUUUUUAGGGAGGACAAAGUUUUUAAUAAGCAAUUAGUCCUAAAAAAGGAAUUAAAAAUCAACAUAUAUCUUGGUUGGUAUCCAUCAAAAUAAAAUGUGGCAGGAAUCUUUCAUAAGAAAUCAAAGGAUGGAACAGCAACGUCAAGAUUGUGUGGUUAAUUAUGUUUCAAUAUAACAGCUAGCUAGACUAGUCCUCAUUAGAACAUUGAUAUACAUUGUAUAUUUUGUAGAAACUUUUGAUAUGGAUUCUACCAGCAUUAUUCUCCAUUACCCCUAGAGAGGUUACCAAACCCCAAAAAAUUCUGAAAUUCAUGAUUUGUACCCCCAGUUUUCAAGCACUCUUCUGUAUAUAGAUACAUAGUUAGAGUUACAGUGUACCCCCAGUAUCAAACGACAAAGGGGGAAUGCUGGCAAGUCAAAUAUAGCAUGUGUAACCAUAUUUUCUAACUAAACAAGCUUAUAGCAUUUUCUGAGAAAUCAAGAAGGGAAUUAUUAAGUUAACUUAAAUAUUAAAAUUUUCCAGUAAACUGAUGCAUGCUUGUUUCAUACUAAAUUUUGAAUUUGUUUGAUGAAUUAAAAGUACGUGACCUCAUGUAUAACAACUUCUGGUUCCGUGCUUUAUAGUAAAUGAAAUCAUUAUGAAACUAAUAUGGUUUUAGUCUUGAAGGAUUUUUUUUUCAAGUUACAAAAUCAUGUAUACUAUAUACCUAGUCAUCAGUUUGUACAUAAUUAAUGUUAUUUUCAAUUUCACAAACAAUAGAAUAUUAGUACUGAAACUGAACUUUAUAAUGUAUGUGUAUCAUUGUAAGAUGAUCAUUUGGGACAAAAUCUGCUAGCUAUUUAAUACACUCAUGUCUAUGUCAUGCAAAUAUUUGGUAUUUCCUUAAACAGUGUUCGCACUUGCAUUUUGAAACUAGGGGUACACUAUAUCCCUGGCUAUGUAUUUACACAGAAGAGUGCUUAAAAACUGAGGGUAAAAGUCCUGAAUUUCACCAAAUGUUUGGGUUUUGUAUCUUCAUUGUAGUGGGGAACAAUUCCUAAAAUAGCAAUUUUAGAAAUAUGUAAAAUGUUAUAUAAAUUUUAUAUUGAAAGAUUGAAGAAGUUCCAUUUCAUCACAAAACGAGGCAGCAUUAAAGAUAUGAACAGAUUUUAAAAGUAUUUAAUAGUUAACACUUCUGCUGUAUCAUAGUGAAAAUAUUCCUUAGUGGUAGUUCUAUUGUACAACUAGAUUGUGGUGUGGUUUAUCAAUUUUCGACUCUAAAAUCUAUUUAUUGAUAUGAUGUAUCUGUAACAGUAAGAUGUAUCAUUCUAUUUUCUGACAUGUAUACAAGUACCAUGCAUAUCUAUUUUUUACACUAUAAACUGUUUUGUGAGUUUUAGAUUAAAUAUUUUCUAUUGUUUUUGUAUUUCUAACAUUUCUACCUGAUACCUCAAUAUCAAAUUUAACUAUAUUUAUAAUUUUGAAUUGAUCAUGUUCUAGGUAAA